AUGGAUGCGUUAUUAAAGAAGCAGUCAGAGCUCGGUACAGAGAUUGAGCGACUCAUAACCAAUUUCAAAAAGGAUUCUAGUAUCCGGAAGCAGGAUUCCAUUUACUAUGAAGACCGAUUAAAGAAGCUAAAUUCCCUAUGGAAUGAUUUUGAAAUAAAUGAUGCUGAAAUCAAAGCAUUGCCACAACCUGAACUCGAACACGAGUAUUUCAGUACAGGUUACUUUGAAAAAAUCUCCAAUCUAGUAGUCAAAUAUGAUGAACGAUUCAAGUUGGAGAAAUCAAGGCUAAUCCCAAAACCACAGGACGGGAAGCCAGUAGUAAGCCCAAGAGGGUCAAACAAAGCUACAUCGCUCAUGCGAAACAUCAAAAAGCAAUCCUCAUUAAUGCAUGCAUUACGCACGAGCAUAGAUGAAAUAUAUGAAGAAAUAACCAUAAAACAUCAUGCUAGUUAUUAUGAUCUGAAAUAUUCUCUGAUAGAAAAAUAUCAGAAGGAUCUGAGGGAUAACAAUGAUGAAAUAUGGUCAUCAGCCGACGCAAAAGACAUCGUCGGAUAUACUUGGGAUCAAUACUAUUCAACGGAUAAAGAUGCCCAAAACGCGUUGAUAUAUUUAAAACAACACAGUCAACCAACUGAAAGAUUGACGUCAGAGGGGCCUGCAGCAACUCAACAAAUCAGACUUCCAAAAAUAGUUUUACCAACAUUUGAUGGAGACUAUUUGAAAUGGAUUGGGUUUAGAGAUUUGUUUCAACAAUUGAUCCAUGAUCAAUCAAUAAGCGCGGCCCACAAAAUGUUCCAUCUAUCUACAAAUUUGGCGGGUGAGCCAAAAGCCCUCAUACGGCAUCUGCCAAUUUCCGAGCAAAAUUACAAUAUAGCUUGGGAUAUUCUGUCAAAUCGGUAUGACAACAAACGACUCUUGGUGACAGCAUUACUAAAUAAAUUGUUAUCACAACCAAAUAUAACAAUUGAAUCAGCAAGCAGUCUUAAGGGCAUACAUGAUGUUACAAAAGAAUGUUAUUAUGGAUUAGCAGCUCAAGGUAUUGAUGUUAAAUCUUGGGACGCCAUAAUGGUUCACGUAAUUAUUAGAAAGCUAGACAAAGCUUCACAUACAGCAUUCGAGCAAUCGUUAGAAGACAGCCGAAGAAUAAUUUCAUUAAAAGAAUUAUUGCGAUUCCUAGAAGCAAGAUUUCAGGCAUUCGAAUCAAUGACGAAUGGAAACCACAAACAAAGUCAUAAACCACGACAUCCAGCAGUAGCACUUGCAGCUACAGACUCAGGAUCAAAAUGUAUUACUUGCAAUAGUAGUCAUCAAUUAUUUUCAUGUGAAACUUUCAAACGUAAAUCCAUACAACAGAAGUAUGAUUUACUAAAACGUCAUAAAUUAUGCACAAACUGCAUGAAACUUGGUCAUAUGGCAUUACAAUGCUCCAGCAGGGGUUGUACUAUAUGCCAAAGAAGACAUAAUACACUGUUGCAUCAAAAUAGACACCCAGUUCAAUCAUCAAAUCAUAAGUUAGUUGAAAACACUUCAAGGCCACUUGCACAAACAACUCUAAUGUCAUCCAUCAAUCAUGGUCAUACCAGUUGCGUUCUUUUGGGAACAGCAAAACUUUUAGCCUCCAACUCUAAUGGAAGAACAGUCGAGUGCAGAGCAGUACUGGAUUCACAAAUAAAUAUUGUGACUGAACGAUUGGCAUCCAGAUUGGGGCUGCAAGUAAGCUCCAGUUCAAUUUGCAUCGAAGGCAUAGGGAUAGGUAAAUUGAGUUCUAAAAGUCGCACAACACUUUCUGUGCAAUCAAAAGUGACCGAUUACAAAACAAUACUUGAAGCAUUUGUGUUGCCAAAAAUUGUAUCCAAUCAACCAUCGCAACACUUACAAAUUUCAAAUUGGAAUCUGCCCAAUAACAUCCAAUUAGCAGAUCCUACAUUCUAUAAGUCUGACAAAAUGGAUAUGUUGCUUGGAGCAGAAUUUUAUCAUCAACUCCUAAGUUCUGGUCAAAUACAACUUUCAAGGGAACUACCAAUUCUACAGAACACUGUGCUUGGAUGGAUCGUAUCUGGAAAAAUCCAAAAUGCUAACACAAUGAUUGCAACAUGUGGAAUAGCAUAA